CCCCCUCCUUCCCACCCUCCCCCCGCCCCUCCCCCCCGCCCUCAGCCCCGGGAGGUAUUUUCCAUUCCGGUGGGGGUUGGGGGGGAGGGGAAAAGGCUGAGGAGGGAGUGGGGGGCCUUAGGAGAGGGGGAGGUGACCAGGGAAGAGGGGGGCAUCCGGUGGAGCCGGGGCCCCCAGGCUCCGUCAGGAGGAAGAGGGAAGGCGCCCUGGCGGUCACUGAAGUCGGGACGGGGCCGGCAGCCGGACUCACCCGCACCCUGGCCGCGCCGUCCGGACCCGUCCUGCCGGGGCGCAGGUGCCCCUAGAGGAGGCCGCCCCGCGCCCCCGGGGCCCCCGUCGGCAGUAGAGCCCGUUGAGCUCCUCGAGGAGAGGACUGGCAUGGUCAGACUCCAGGACUUCAGGAGCAUCAGUUUGGCCUCUGUGGGUGGACCAACUAAGAGGUGAUGAGGCCCUGGCCUAAGUUAGCAGCAUGAAUACACAUUAGAGUAACAUUCCCAUAAUGAAGCCUGUUUGAUGGGAGACGUAUGUAGACGCCAGUGAUUUUAGAUAUCAUAAUCAAUGGAUAAAGUGGGGAAGAUGUGGAACAACUUCAAAUACAGGUGUCAGAAUCUUUUUAACCAUGAAGGAGGAAACACCAGUGAAAAUAUAGAUGUGAACUCCAAUAGAUGUUUGUCUGUCAAAGAAAGGAACAUGAGCAUAGGGGAUUUGGCUCCUCAACAACAAAGCAGUCCCUUAAGAGAGAAUGUUGCCUUACAACUUGAAUUAAGCCCUUCAAAGAAUUCUUCAAGAAGAAACCAAAAUUGUGCCACUGAAAUCCCUCAGAUUGUAGAAAUAAGCAUUGAGAAGGAAAAUGAUUCAUGCAUCUCCACCGCAGGCACGAGACUGGCACGGAGAGACUCCUAUUCUCGACAUGCUCCAUGGGGUGGGAAGAAGAAACAUUCCUGUUCUACAAAGACACAAAGUUCAUUAGAUACUGAGAAAAGGUUUGGUAGGACCCGCAGUGGUCUGCCGAGACGAGAGAGACGAUAUGGUGUGAGCUCUGUCCAUGACAUGGAGAGCAUCUCUAGCAGGACGGUGGGAAGUCGAUCUCUGAGGCAGAGGCUGCAGGACACUGUCGGGUUAUGCUUUCCCAUGAGAACUUAUACUAAACAAGCAAAACCCCUCUUUUCUAAUAAAAGAAAAAUACACCUUUCUGAAUUAAUGCUUGAAAAAUGUCCUUUUCCUGCUGGAUCAGAUCUAGCCCAGAAGUGGCAUUUGAUUAAGCAGCACACGGCUCCUGUGAGCCCACAUUCGACCUUCUUUGAUACCUUUGAUCCAUCUUUGGUUUCCACUGAAGAUGAAGAAGAUCGGCUUCGGGAGAGAAGACGGCUCAGUAUUGAAGAAGGUGUGGAUCCUCCUCCCAAUGCACAAAUACACACAUUUGAGGCCACUGCACAGGUUAAUCCCUUAUAUAAGCUGGGACCAAAGUUAGCCCCGGGAAUGACUGACAUGACUGGAGAAAAUGCUGCCACCCCACAGGGGAGCUGUGACUCAGAAGAGGAUGCCACGACCCUCUGCCUGCAGGCCCGGCGGCAGAAACAGCGCCAGGGCUCCGGAGACAGCCACACCCAUGCCCACACGGGCCGCCAGGGAGCAUGGAAGGUUCACACGCAGAUCGACUACAUUCACUGCCUUGUGCCUGAUCUGCUUCAGAUCACGGGGAACCCCUGCUACUGGGGUGUGAUGGACCGUUACGAAGCGGAGGCCCUCCUUGAAGGGAAGCCCGAAGGCACUUUCUUGCUCAGGGACUCUGCGCAAGAGGACUACCUCUUCUCUGUGAGCUUCCGUCGUUAUAAUCGAUCCCUGCAUGCGCGCAUCGAGCAGUGGAACCACAAUUUUAGCUUCGAUGCCCAUGAUCCCUGUGUAUUUCACUCCUCCACUGUAACAGGGCUUCUAGAACAUUAUAAAGAUCCAAGUUCUUGCAUGUUUUUUGAACCGUUGCUUACUGUAUCACUAAAUAGGACUUUUCCUUUCAGCCUACAGUAUAUCUGCCGUGCAGUAAUUUGUAGGUGCACUACAUAUGAUGGGAUUGAUGGUCUCCCUUUACCAUCAAUGUUACAAGACUUUUUAAAGGAGUAUCACUAUAAACAAAAAGUUAGGGUGCGCUGGUUAGAGCGAGAACCAAUAAAGGCAAAAUAAACUCCAUUCAGUGCCCCAAGUAGGUUUUUAUUAGAUUUGCUUUUAUGUGCAUCAAACAGUAUACCAGUAGCAAGCACAUGUACCAGUAUUAGGUUUUUCGCAAUAUCGUACUUAAUCUUAGUUCUAGUAUCUGUCAGAUGCUAUCUCUGUUACUUACACAAAUAACUGUGGUGCCUAUUGAAAUUAUUAGUAGAGGACAAAGCUGCACAUGUUCAGUAAGGCCUACCCAUACACAAACACACAUUUGCUGAUUUUUCUAAAUCUUUGGUUUUUAAUAGUUGUAGUAAUAGGAUGAAGCAAUUUUGGGGCAUUUGCUAUGAUAUUCUAUUUCCUACUGAAGAACAAAUGAUUAAUAUUGGGUGAGCAUUUCAACAGUGUGACUAAUAUUUGAAAUGAGUAUUUUUUCUAAGAAUUUUUUCUAUAAUCUUACAAAAGUAACGUUUGUAGUUCCUCUAAAUCAAGGUUCAGAAGUCCAAGCAGUCAGAUGGCUUACCUUGCCUGCUGCCUUUCAGAAAACAAGAAGCUCUGGCCACAAGGGCAGUGUGCAGUCCACUUUUCAGUGUUGGUAUUGUUUGUAAUCUCCCUUUCUCCUUUACAAAGAGUCCCAAUCCCAGUUUUUCUAAAGAAUAGUUCUUAAAACUUUAGAUUCCUGUGUAAUCAAUAGUAGAAUUUUAUUUGAAGACCAUAAGUAGGAGAGAGAACAUUUCUGAUUAGUGCUUUAACUUGAACAGGCAUUUGGAAUAGCUGCUGACCACUUAGUGCUGCAUGUGAAUUUUUAAAUGCUGACGUGCAAUCUAAACUUUGAUUCAUGGAAACUGGAUCAUUUCUCAUGCCCAUAAUCAGUUUUUGAACCAUGGAAAAAUGAGAAGCAAAGUGUAUAGAAGCAGCUCAGACACUAGUUAGUUAAUAACUAGAGUGGUUAUUGAAGGUGAGCUGCAUUUAAUGGUUUGGAAUGGCAGUAUUUAUCUCUUUUGGUGUAAAAUAUGAGUCACUGAUUAUAAUUUAUAGCGUUCCAAUGGAGUUAAUUUUUAAUGGAAAAUCUGAAAGCAAAUUACAGAUGUAAAAGGUACUGUACAACCAUCAUAUCUGUAAAUAAUUACAUUAGCACCUUUUUGUCACUUAGAAUAGUAUGCGAUACUACUUGAGUGAGCUAUUUUGGAAGUAAUAUCGAGUUCUAGUGUUCGUUUCUUAGCAUCGGACUGAACGCACAGUUCUGUCCUAGACAUUUUGCACUAAGAUAGUCGACUCUCCACACUUGUGUCUUUUGUUAAUGUGCUCUGUACCAAUGGUGAGUGCUCCUUAGUUUCUUUGCCUGCUGCUACAAAAUGUUAUUUUACACCCCUCUGGCAAUUGCCAAGGCUACAAAUACAAGAAAAGUUAUAUUUGUAUGCAACACUAACCCUUUUAUUGUGGAUGUAUGUUUCUGCUUGCUGUGCCUUGUUAUGGCUGCUUCUCUGUGCUAAUAAAGUAUGUUUGGUGUUCUCCUUGUA